AUGAGCCUGUUUUUGGUUAAGAAUGCGUUUGCCAGCAGUGAUGAGAUUACCAUGCUUAUCUAUUCCAGGUCGGGAAAGUCUUGGAUUGAAGAAACCUUCUUCCAAAGGGAGUGCGUAAAGUUUAUCCCCUCCUCUCGGGACCUCCACAGAUGUAUUCCAGUUUGUCAAGUAUGCCAGAAUCUGAUCAGAUGCUGUUGUGGCCGCCUGAUCGGGGAGCACUCCUGGCAGGAGUCUGUUCCUCCAAUAUCCCUCUAUCCUGGCCCUGGACAUGGCAUGGAAGAGAACUGGUCCAUGGGAGUCCAUACCAAGGCCAGUCCCACCAACGCCUAUGGGAUCAUCGACUUUCAAGAUACAGCCACACGUGUCUGUCGGGCCAAGUAUGUCCGGGUGGCUGUGGACUCCAAGCCCGAGAUGAUACUCCAACUGAUGCUGAGGGAAUGGCAGAUGGAGAGACCCAAGCUGCUGCUGACUGUACAGGGAGGCUCCGACAACUUUAUCUUGCCUCCGAAAGUUCAGCAGGCCUUUAGCAAGGGGCUGAUCACUGCUGCUCUUAGCACAGGGGCAUGGAUUCUAACUGAUGGCAUUAAUACAGGUGUGUCUAAGCAUGUAGGUGAUGCAGUAAAAAUAUUUGGAGGUCACAACCUGAGGAAGAGAAACACAAUUGGCAUCACACCGUGGGGAAUGAUUGACAACAACACGGACCUCAUAGGCAGAGAUGUUUUCAGACCUUACCAGCCGCUGGGGAACCCCUUGAGCAAAAAGGCCUGUCUUAAUGGUUUCCACUCCCACUUUCUGUUGGUGGAUGAUGGGACGCUGGGAAAACCUGGCUGUCAGCAAGGCCUCAGGAGGAAACUAGAGAAACACAUUCAGCUCCAGAAGAUUCAUCCUCGACUGAACCAAGGAGUGCCUGUGGUGUGUGUGGUGGUAGAGGGAGGUCCUGCCAUUGUCUCAACAGUGUUGGACUAUGUCAGCAGUGUGCCCCCUGUGCCUGUGUUUGUGUUUGAAGGAUCAGGCAAAGCUGCAGACCUGCUUGCCUUCUUACACAAGCAAACUGCUAAUAACAGGGAGUUGGACGCUGACAUCAAAGAGGACUUUCUUGUUAGAAUUGGCGAUGUGCUGGGAGUUGAACGGACCGAAGCCGCUAACCUUUACAGCCUCCUCCAGCAGUGUAUGGACCACAGAUCGUCUAUAACCAUCUUUGACUCUGAGUCAGAGGACCAGACGGCACCAGAUGCAGCCAUUUUAACUUCUACUCUUAAGGGAACAAGGGCGAGUCCAGCUGAGCAGCUGAGUAUGGCUCUGGCUUGGGACCGGGCUGACAUCGCACAGAAAGACGUCCUGGUGUACGGGCAGCACUGGCCGGUGGGGUCCCUGGAACAAGCCAUGCUGGAUUCUCUGGUGAUGGACCGUGUCAGUUUUGUCAAACUGCUGAUCGAUAACGGCCUGACGAUGAGCUGCUUUCUCACCGUAGAUCGCCUUGAGGAGCUCUACAACACUCACCAGGGUCAGACUCAACGGUUUCUGCACCACCUUGUCGAGGAUGCUAAACAGACAUCUCUUCCCCUUGGAUACCGUGUUUCGCUCAUUGACAUGGGUAUGGCGAUCGAAUACCUUAUAGGCGGAGCUUAUCAAAGCACCUACACACGGAAAAACUUCAGAGCUGCCUACAGCCGCCUGCAGAACAAAGAGGGUCGGUGGGAGAGCUCGAGCUUUUUUUCCAAACAAAGACUGAGCACAAAGAAGAGCAGAAGCCUCCAAGAUCUACAUUUCUUUAGAACAGCUCAGCCCUACAAAUCCAAGGAGCAAAGUGUGCCAGCUGUGAACAGUCACAAGAUGGCACCGAGUCCAGACUUUGGUGGUCCUCUGCUGCCAUGUCCUUUCAACUUCAACGACCUGUUUGUGUGGGCAGUUCUUCAACAACGUCAGCAGAUGGCGCUGUUCCUGUGGCAACAUGGAGAGGAAGCUUUGGCACGGGCUGUUGUGGCCUGUAAGCUUUAUCGCUCCAUGGCCUUUGAGGCACGCCACAGCAACAUGGAUGACAUCAUGGCAGAACGAUUCAAGGCCUUUUCUCUUGAGUUUGGUCAGCUGGCAGUGGAUGUAUUGGACUGUGCAUUUCAGCAGAACGAGCAAAUGGCCAUGAAACUGUUAACCUCUGAGAUGGAAGCAUGGAGCCACUUCACCUGUCUGCAGCUGGCCGUCUCCUCGUGCCACAGACCGUUUGUCUCACACUCCUGCACGCAGACUCUGCUCACAGAUCUCUGGACUGGUCCUCUCAACAUGAGAAAAAACUCAUUUUUAAAGAUAAUUUUGAGCCUUCUUCUGCCUCCUGCCGUCUUGCUGCUGGAGUUUAAAAGCAAAGCUGAAAUGUGCCAUGUACCACAGAACCAUGAGGCGAUGCUGUUUGGACUCGAGUCUGUUAAACCUGCACCAGCUACUGAGGGAUUUGAUCACGUUGAUCUUCCAGAUACAGAGCGAGGUCUCUCUUUCCAGGAUAAACACCGUGGUCCUGUUUCAGAAACUUUGUCCUCCAUGUCUAUGCACUGGCUGUCCCGGAUCACAAGAGUUUAUGAGUUUUACUCUGCCCCUGUUGUCAAGUUCUGGUUUCACACGAUGUCCUACUUGGCCUUUUUGAUGGUAUUCUCUUAUGUUGUCUUGGUGAAGAUGGCAGAUCAGCCAAGUGUUCAGGAGUGGCUGGUCAUUGUUUACAUUGGAUCCACUGCACUUGAGAAAACCAGAGAGAUAUUAAUGUCUGAGCCAAGGAAACUGAGUCAGAAGCUGAAGAUUUGGUUCUCAGAGUACUGGAACGUAUCAGACUUCAUCGCCAUCACACUUUUCCUGUUUGGGCUCUUGAUGCGUUCGUUCGCUGAUCCCUACCGAACCGCAGGACGCAUCAUUUACUGUCUGGACAUCAUUUUCUGGAUUAUCAAGGUGCUGGAUCUUCUGGCUGUCAAUCAGCAUGCAGGUCCUUACCUCACUAUGAUCACUAAGAUGACCAGCAAUAUGUUCUUCAUCGUGGUGAUGAUGGCGAUUGUGUUGCUGAGCUUUGGCGUGUCCAGAAAAGCCAUCUUGUCACCGGAUGAGGAGCCAUCAUGGAGCCUAGCUCGAGAUAUAGUCUUCCAACCCUACUGGAUGAUCUUUGGAGAGGUCUAUGCAGGAGAGAUAGAUGCAUGUGACAAUGGUGCUCCAUGUCCUCCUGCGUCUUUUAUCACACCGUUUCUUCAGGCUGUCUAUAUGUUUUUCCAGUAUAUCAUCAUGGUCAACAUUCUCAUUGCAUUCUUCAACAACAUUUACUUUGACAUGGCAUCGAUAUCUAACAAGCUGUGGAGGUACAACCGUUAUCGCUACAUAAUGACGUACCAAGAAAGGCCAUGGCUGCCUCCUCCUCUGAUUCUUUUCAGUCACGUGGCUCUUGCCGUGGGAGGCAUCUAUGGGAGAUUCAGACAAGAUGCUGAGAGGGAGGAAACAGGCUCUGGCCUCAAGCUCUAUCUGGGCCACGAGGAUCGAAAGAAGUUGUACGAGUUUGAGGAGAAAUGUGUGGAGGUCUACUUUCAUGAGAAGAAUGAAGACGUCCACAGCAGUCAGCUGAACAGAAUCGGAGCCACAGCUGAGAGAGCAAAGGAGAUGUGUGCGAUGGUGGAAGAGGUCUCAGAGAAGGUCAACUUUAUUCAGCACAGCCUGACCGAGUUAGACUCUCAGUUGGGUCAACUCCAGGACCUUUCUGCGCUGGCUGUGGACACCUUGACUCUGCUCUCUGCUUCAGACAACCUUUGUCAGGAAGAGGCCCGUCUGGCUCAGUGUCAGCUUGUGACAGCGUCUCAUCGUACCCUCCCUCAUAGCUGGACCUACCUUCACAGAAGUGGGACAGACUCUGAGGGGUCUAAUUUGCGGCGCAUGGUGAUGAAAACUUGUAAAAGCACCCCACCUUCAUUGCUGAAGUGCUCUGCUCUGACGGUGAGGAGAGGAGGCAAGGAAGAGAAGCACGAGCAGUCAGAGGCUGGACAGGAAACUGCACACGAGGACUCGUCGUGUUCUGCUCUUGAACAUUCCAGUGAGAAUUGGUUGAACGGCUCCAGACGUGCUUCACACGUUUUCUUUUCUCAGUUUUACGGCGGCGAUGUUCAUAACUCCGCUGUGAGGAAUCAGAUGCCCUCUGAGUCCUGUGAAUCAUCCCUCUGUGGGUCUCCUCUUUCCCCCAAAGGGUUUGGAUUUCCACACAAUAGACCCUGGACAUUUGACCCAUAUUUAUACGCAAGUCAGAAGGAGUUGUCCAUGGAGGAAAGAGAAGAAGAGGAUGCUGAAAAAGAAGAGAAUGAAAAGGAAAUGUCAGCGGAACAGCUUUCUGAUAUCGAAUCGAAGUAUUCGAGCCAUUGGAGAAGGCCCACGUUCUCUCCAAGGUGGGCGUAUAUGCCUAGAGACCGUCGUUUUGGCUUCUGCCGCUCAUUGUCAUCCAGCAUGGAGAAUAUGGCUUUCUCUGGAGCACCCCUCAGUCCAAAGAAGGAUUCAUUUUCAUCUCUUGAUGAACCAAUAAACGAAGACUGUCAGUAUAGCAGGAGGGCCUUUAGGGAUGAUACAUCUCUGCAUUGCAGCAGAAGACAAGAGUGGGCCAAGUUUUCUGACUUUACUUCAGUCUUGAACAGCAGAGGCAAAAGGAAGAUGGUGAAGAUAAAAGAGAGCUCUACCGAUAUGAUUGCUGUACAGUCCAACCUGUCGAAUGCCUCGUGGAAAAAACGCAGAAUGUUUUUUGGAGAAGCUACAUGUUGGUCAGCUUCAACCAGCCUCAGUCAGCUCAAUUUUGAGUCCUCAGAUUUGACGCAGAAACAAAUGUCUUCUCAUCAGGAUAUGUGGAGCCCCACUCAUUCAGCGUGGAACAGCUGGGCCAAAAACAUGAGUCGCAGAUCCUCGUUACAGUGUGGUCCUUCACCUGAAGUCAAGAGCUCCUCCUUCCAGCCUAGUGACAACUUGUACCCACACUUUUCAGCUAUGGAGAGAAACAAUCUGAUGAGACUGGCUCACACGAUCCCCUUCACUCCUGUUUCCAUGUUUGGAGGUGAAGAAGUGAGUGUCUACACUCUGGAGGACGUAACCUCUGACACAGACCCUGAGCCUCGUUCUGUCUCGUCCUGGUCCUCCCGAGGCCACUCUGCCAUACUGCAGCUGCUCUCCAGUGAGGAGGGUUCUCUGGAUGGGGGUCUCCGGCAAGGCUGCAGGACGUUAUGCACCUGGGCAGAACAGGACGUGCUAAAGCCUGGAAUGCUGUACGUGGUCAAAGCUUUUAAGCCGGAGGUGGUUCGUGCUUGGCAGAGACACUUUCAUGGGAGCACAGCUCUGCAGCUUUGUUUAAGGGAGAUCCAGCAGCAAAGAGCAGCUCAGAGGAUGAUGCAAGUGUUUAACCAGAUUAAACCUGAUGAUCUGCACCACUCUCCAAGAUUUCUGGAUGUAUCGCUGGUUCUUUGGCACUCUAAUGGCCAGUGGUUGACUAUUGAGAGAAACUUAACGGGUGUGUUCAGGAAAUACAACAACAACACAGGAGAAGAGAUCACCCCCUGCUGUUCACUGGAGGACAUGCUGCUGGCGUUCUCCCACUGGACCUACGAGUACUCCCGCAGAGAGCUGCUGCUGCUUGAUAUCCAAGGAGUUGGGGAGGAACUGACUGAUCCAACAGUCAUUAUGGCAGACGACCAAAGCGGAGGCAGAAAUGAUAUGCUUUUUGGUCCUGAUAACCUCGGAGACGCUGCCAUCAGUGGGUUCCUGCAGAAACACUCCUGCAACUUCUGCUGUCACAGACUGGGACUAAAAGAUUUAAGGAGGCGUUUGGGCAGCUGUGAGAGCAGCAGUGAGGAAGAGUUGACGUCGGAGAAAGAAGAACAAGAGAACGUUUAA